AUGGCUUCCGUCGACCGGGAAGUGAGUGGUACUGACGUCUCCUUUGAGCCCGCGAAGAAGGGUGAUCCCGUGUCCGUCUCCAGUAAGCAGGAGUCAACUCUUUGGAAGAGCAUGAUGGAGAGGUAUCAUGGAACUGGUUGGCGUGACGCCCUGGACGAGCAGGAAGCAGAAGUAGCAGAGGCCGAACGGGAACUAGGAGAAAAAAAUGAUGAAGAGGAGCUGCUUGCGGAAAAGCCGGAGGCCGCGACGAAGGGGCUAGGAGCGGACCCCUCGGGGUCGCCCAGCCGGGAACUCGUGGAGCGGCUGCGGAGCUUGCAAGGGGCAGGAACCGUUUCGGGUGCUACUUCCCUUGCUUCGGGUGGCGGGGCGGUAGUGGACCAGCUGAGAAGAAAGCUGGCUGAGCCGUAUGAUCCGAGCAUGGAGAGCUUGGGCCGCUACCAGAACAGGGUCACGAGAGUGGCUGAGGCCCUGGAGAUGAGUGGUGAGUUUGUUGACGCGACUGAGAUAGCUGUCCUUCUUAUGAGGGCGGAGAUCCAAGAUAGUCUCAAGGGCCUUGGUCGUGAUGAACAGUUACAGCAACUGAAGUUGCGGUUCGCGCAACAGCUUGUGGAUGGCGCGGAUGGUGAGGAGGAAAGGGAGGUGCGUCUCUCGACCCUUCUUACAAUGGUGGAGGAACGAGGAGGCAAGCUGUCGGGAAAGAAGGAGAAACUGUUCAGCGGCUCCGAUCUGUCGCCUGCUAAGUUAAGGAAGUUCCGAAGUCGCAAGCCCUCGGAGGGCUGGAAGUGGCGACUGCAAAGGCUAAGCCGGAAUCCCUUGAGAGGCCGAGAUCUGGAGCAGUUCCCCUGUUGA